CCCUGCGAACUCAUAUGAGGACAUUACAUUUUUGCUGUUCUGCACCAUGAUACUUAAUUUUUAAGAACACUGACCCAUCGACCUCAUCUAGGGACGCUGCCUGCACCACCUAGUGGUCUCAUAACAACAUUACAGUCAUGUGAUAAAAAACAAGAUGGCUGCAAUACCUAGCAAAACUUUUUAUGGCAGCUCUCGACCAAAAUAUGGACAUGGUAAGAAUUUUAAUUGAAUUUUAUGAAUGAAACUUGUAUAUUUAUGCACAAUAACAUCUGUAGCUUCAUAUGGCAUGCAUAUUUGAUCAAUUUGAGCAAUAUUAGCAAGCUACAACGUCUGUAAACAUGAAGUACUCGUUUGAGGACAUCGGGUCUAUCAUCAUAUUUUUUAAUCAUUUAUAUCACAGGAAAAAUUUCCUUUUCAAGAGCUGAAGAAUUGCUCAAUGCAAUUGCAAACGACUCUGACAUUGAAGAGCUAUCAGAUGGUGAAGAGAAUGAUCCUCUUGUGGGGGAGUUCGUUUCAUGUGGAGCAACUGUGGAGCAACCACCUGAUGACUCUGAUUCACUGUCUGAUUCCCUGUCCAAUGCAGCAGAAGAUGCUGAUUCUGAUUAUUUACCAUCUGAUGCUGAUCACAUCAGUGAAGAUAGUGACAGUGAUAUGAAUGAGCCACAACAUAAAAAAAAGCAUGGUGAGAAUGAUAAACCUGACCAGGUUGAGCAAGGACAUGGGGCAGGACCAAAAAAAGGAUUCAGAGAGUACUGGAAGUCUGCUCCAUUCAACCCGAUUGUAGUCCCGUUUCAGGGAGGGGAUGAACAACUAGUUGAGAGAGCUGAUUGGUGGCCAGCAGAUUAUAUGGAGCAGUACAUUGAUGCAGAACUAAUGAAAGUUGUUGCUGACUGUACAAAUUCUAUGUCCUGUGUCCCUUACCCACAAACACGGAUGUUCUGGUCCAAUGCCCUAAGAAUCCCUGCCAUUAGUGACUCAAUGAGACGCGAUCGAUUCUUCAAGCUGAGGAGCCACCUGAAGGUAGUAAUUGACAACGACGUUCCAGAAGACAGGAAAACAGACAAAUUCUGGAAGGUGAGGCCUUUCAUGAAUCGUGUACUCGAUGGCUGCUGCAUUCAGGCUCGACCAGAAUCUGUCUCAAUUGAUGAGCAGAUGAUACCGUUCACUGGAGCCUGUCCAUUCCGCCAGUAUGUGCCACUAAAGCCAAAUCCAGUUGGCAUGAAGAACUUUGUUCUAGCAUCAACAGAUGGCAUUGUUCUGGACUUUGAAGUGUACCAAGGUUCAAAGGCACUGGCUUCACAGGUUCCAGACGCAGAAGGACUGGGUUUGGGAGCCCUGGUCCUCAGACGCCUGACGGAAACAGUGCAUCCUGGUACAAAGGUGUACUGCGAUCGCUUCUUCACCACCAUAUCAGCUGUGGAAUGCAUGCUGGAGAAGCAGGUGUACCUAACCGGUACAGUCAUGAAGAACAGGGUCACAAAAGCAAUGCAGAAGCUUCCAAGUGAAAAAAUCAUGAAGCAGCAAGGCAGAGGUACCACCGCAUCAGUUGUCAGAGGAGAUGGGAAACUGUGUGUUGUGAAAUGGUUUGACAACAAGCCAGUCAUGAUGCUCUCUACUGUCCAUGCAGAGCAGCCAGAGGACACCUGCCAGCGUUGGUCCAAGAAAGAGAAACACUACAUGACGGUCAGACGACCAAGUAUUGUACGGGAGUACAAUGCUAAGAUGGGUGGGGUAGACUUAUCAGACAGAAUGAUGAGCUACUACAGGAUGAGUGUGCGAACAAAGAAGUGGACCAUUCGCAUGCUUAUGCACUUUAUGGAUCUUGCUCUGGCCAACAGCUGGCUGCUGUAUCGCCGAGAUAAUCAAGAAAAUGGUACCCCAAGAAAGGGUAUCAUGAAGUUCCUUGAGUACCGCAUGGACGUGGCUCAGGUGUUCCUCAACAAGUGUAAAGUCACAGAUGCAGAGGAAGAGAGAGCACACCGUCCAGAACCUGGCCAAAGAUUCCGGGUCACUCCAAUCCCCAACAUCUCAGUGCGCACAGCCUCUGCUGGUCAUCUGCCGGAAGUUGCCAACCUGAAGAACCCGAUGCGUUGCAGACUACAAGGCUGCACUGGGAAAUCCCGUGUGCACUGUUUGACAUGCAAUGUGUUCCUUUGCCUACAAAGUGGACGCAACUGCUAUGAAGCCUUUCACACAGGCUAGUAGGACUGUUUCAGACAGACAGAUGAAUUUAGCAGACAGACAGCCUAUUAGUUCAGAGUCCAGGUAUAGGUUGAGUUCAGAGUUUGCUAUGAUACUGGGGCAAGGGGCGUUCAUAACUUUUGCACUUUUUCAUGUUUACACUUUCAUCUGCACUUUUGUUAUCAAAAAAUGCACUUUUUUAAAAUAAAAAUGUGUACUUUGUUAAUAAAUGCUGUCUUUACCGUGUCAUACAGAAAGUCUGGAAACAAAACAGUGUAAAUCAACAUACUGUGAAUACGAUUUACACAGAUGUAAAUAAUAACAUUGAUUGAAUUGUCUUUAUCAUACGGUAAGAUAGACCCAUUGUCCUCAUAUGAGGACAAUGGGUUUUUAGAUAACUACUUAUUGUAGAAAGCUAAAAUUUCAUUUGUAGACUAAAUGAGUCCUUCUGAUCCCAAAUAGCAAGGAAAAAAAAUAAAUGCAAAGACAGACCCAUUGUCCUCAUAUAUGGACUUUGGUUUUGACAUAUAUCCAGAACACGUAGAAAGCUAAAAUUUUAUUUCAACUAAUAU